UGGUCGCUGCUCGCUGAAUUGCGUCUCCAAGAAAAGGGAGACCAACAGUCGUUGCGAAGAUACGAGAGUGAACGCCUCAGCAGUCUUUAGAAGCUCAACACUCAAGACUCAACACUCUUCCCCUGCACACACACACACACACACACACACACACACACACACACACACACACACACACACACACGGUGAGCCACGAUGAAGGCCAGGCUGCCCUUACUCUUGGUGUUUAUUGAAUCAUCGUUGCUUGCGGCCGGAAAUUCCUUCAAACCCUACUGGAACCCACACUGCCCUGCCCAAAUUACCAUCUCGGGGGAUGAGGAAUGGAAGAACGUUACCACCAGGGAAUAUAACUGGUACGAUUGGAGCACCGCCUUAUACGUGCACCCCGAUCCAGGUUUCAAAGGCAUCAGGCUCGUGGUGGCGGGCGAUGGCAGGCUGAGUGACGCCUGGCUCACGCUGGACGCCACUUGCUUCCCUGGGGACGCACAGUGGUGGAGGUUGUGGGUAGGUGUGUUGAACUCUGGCAGCAUCAAUGGCCACGGUCUUCAGUUUACAGUAUGGGCUGGUGAUUGUGCUCUUGGGUGCCGCAGAACAGGCUACUUCCCUGAUUACCGGGCUGUUACUGUUGAGGCUCACGGGCCCUCAAGGUGGAGAUCACAGUACCCGAAUCGACCAUGCACUCUAAAAGGAUACACAAGACAAAGCCUCUCAUGGAUAAACUGCACCUACAUCCCCAUCACCACCACCACCACCACCACCACCACCCCUACAACCACCAUCACCACCCCUACAACCACCAUCACCACAACCACCAUCACCAUCAUCGUUGUGUCGGCAAUGAUAGGUGUUGGUGUUCUUGUUGUUCUUGUGGUGGUGAUGUGGCGUUUCCGGCAGCGAAGGAUAUCCAAAGAAGAUGUGAGGAUGCGAUUCCAAGGCGAGACCGAGGUGGUCGAGAACAGCCUGUACGAAACCGUGGAGAACAUUCGUGGGACCGAGGUGGUCGAGAACAGCCUGUACGAGACCUUGGACAACACCCGCAGGACCGAGGUGGUCGAGAACAGCCUGUACGAGCCCUUGGACAACACCCGCAGGACCGAGGUGGUCGAGAACAGCCUGUACGAGACCUUGGACAACACCCGCAGGACCGAGGUGGUCGAGAACAGCCUGUACGAGCCCUUGGACAACACCCGCAGGACCGAGGUGGUCGAGAACAGCCUGUACGAGCCCUUGGACAACACCCGCAGGACCGAGGUGGUCGAGAACAGCCUGUACGAGCCCUUUGAAAACGUGAGGAAGCCGCGGUGAGGAAGAAGGAAAUGGAAGAGGAGGAGGAAGAUGAGGAGCAAGCGUGAAAACAUGGGAGGGCAAGCAACAAAAAGCCUGCUGGUUCAUCACGAGGCUGCCUGCUUUAGCGACAUGUGAAUCAGCUCGUCAGCCAAUUGAGAGACCUGCGCCACAGACUGAAGCACUUUUGUACGCACGCGCGGGCACUUCGAGCUCGCCCCUGACGCAGCAAAGUGACGACCAGUGCGAUCUUGGAAGGAAAUUAUCGCUUUCGAGCAAACUACUUCUGCUGGAAAGCUGUUCCAGUGGCGGACGGGUCUUCGAAAAAUAACUCCUGCCGAUAUCUGUGGGGUGGGCGAGGCGACGCACCCCCGGCGUAUGCCCCCAUUGAUUGGCAGACUGCUGCAUCGUUUGAAGGAAGGAAGGAAGGAA